AUGACUUUUGAGAUCAAUGGGAACUCCUCAUGGCAUCAGACUGUCUUUAUGUUGAUCUCUGUUCUGUCUCCAGGGUCAUUGGGUGAGGAAUGCAGGAGUUUCAGACACGUGGAGAACGGUAGAACAUUCUUCCGUUACAGCGGGCUCCUCUGGGUGUCUCAGCCCAGGGAUCUCCUGCAGGGGGUUACCAGUGUGACAGAGGACGGGUCCUGGGCUCUCUUCAGCUGUGAUGCUGGCUACAGGCUCUAUGGACACUCACUGCUCUACUGCAAGGGCCAGAACUGGAACGGCACCAAGCCUGUCUGCAAGGAGUCUGAUAUGAUGAGGUCAUGGAAGCAGAAAGAGCCCACCGUCCCGAUGCCCAGGAUCCAGAGCCAGAACCUUGCCGUGCUGUCUGCUCUGAAGAACCACCUACACCUUCACUACAAUACCAUCGCUAACACCGCCUCCAAGCCCGUGUUGCUGGCCAACGCACCACCUAAAGACCCCCACACCCACCUAAAAGACCCACACUCCAUAGACCGCAGCCCCAAAGCUCACCAUGUGGAGGAUAAUUUGAAAGACACCAGGGAUCUAACAGACAGAGAAGGGGCCCCUGAGAAGCCCACUAGACCUCAGGCCUCCACAUCCUCCUCUGCUACUACAGAGACCAUUACUUCCACAUCCAGCCUGCUGGUCGCUGAAGGGUAUUGGCACCAGGGGACCUUCAUAGCCCAGGCUAUGCAGGAGGAUUCAUUACCCAGGAAGGGGGUGCUGACAGGGGCCACCCAGUUGGAGCCUGGCCAGGGCAUUACGGAGCCAGCAGAUGUGAGCAGCACAGACACACAGGAGCCCCGUCCUCAGAGACCCACUGAGACCAGCUCCACAAGCUUCAUCAACUCCAGCAACACCACCAGCCACUGGGUCAAUGGAACAGACACGUUUGGUCAUCACAUCCAAGUGAAGGAGACUGCAUCAUUAUCUGAUGAUGAUGAUGAUGAUGGUGGUGAAACUCAUCGACGCAAUGUGACCUCUCCGGAUCGGGCAUCAAACGGGUCACAGGACAAUGAAACCGACACAAGUGACAGUCAUCACAGUCAGGCCAACGAGACGUCAUCGUCGCCAUUGUCCGGCGAUGAUGGUGAAACUUCUGGACACAAUGGGACCUCAUCGUAUCUGUCUUUAAACAGGUCAGACCAGCAUCUUAUUAAGGGUGCUACAAACACAGAGGAGCUGCCCAGGCCUGUGACCCUAAACAGGCGUCCGCUGUGCCCUUACCCUCCCCUGCCAGCUUCAACCCCGGUCCCCGGGACUACAAACACAGAGGAGCUGCCCAGGCCUGUGACCCUAAACAGGCGUCCGCUGUGCCCUUACCCUCCCCUGCCAGCUCAUGGCACCUUCUACUUCCGUCCGGUAGACAACCCCGGUCCCCGGGACUACAAACACUACAUCCAGUACGCCUGCUAUGCAGGGUACACCCUGGCCCACGGGGAUAUCCACAGCUACUGUCUGCCGGCUGGACGGUGGAGUGGUCUCACCCCGGUCUGCUUGGGUAAGUCACUGCUCUAUCAUUCCUCAUUGUGAUGCCUCUCUACAGAUUCUGUACUACCAAACUGAAGAGCUACAGAAAGGCCAUAGAAGCUUUGUUCAGGAAGUAUGUUCCCGUGUUCACCUCAUCGACUGUGUCCUCUGUGUUUGGGCAGGUGAGAAGUUAAGGGUCCCUGUACUUAACCCUGUUAGUUGCUGUGUAGAGAUGAUGUGUGGAGAUGAUGUGUG